AUGCGGUGCGCGAGCAAGGCCGCCGAGAGCGCGUCCGCACGUCUCUGUGCGGACGCCGAAGCAAAAACCACAGCAACUGAUGUCUCAUCGGUUGCUGAAGCGACUCAGCCUGUGUCACUUGGUGAUGCAGGCGCACGUCAUGAAGACACUCAUGUCUUCACAGAGUACGAGCUCGGUGUCUCAUACUCUCCCGAUACGGAAGACGGAUCCGUAACAAAGGCGGUUGAAACUAAGCCGCCUGCCAAGCGUGGCAUGGAUGAUGCUACGCAUCGUAGCAUCUUUGGUUCAUCUGACGAAUCAGAUGAACCAUCGCCAAAGCGAAGGCGCUUGAGGUCGGAAGACUCGGGCGCUCACAGAAAAGAGCGGGACCGCAAUGUGUUGCGUCUCGCUCCCGAGAAGAAGGCGUGGAUGCCUCCAAAAUCAGUCAUGGAUCACUUGUCGGCGACGACGAGUGAUCGCUAUCGAACACGAUUGUUCGAUUCGUCAAGGAUCCAUCACCUUGACCCCAGUGCGAAAAACUAUCGCGCUGAGAAUGAGUUCUUCAUCGAUGCUUUCUUUAAACAUCGAUGGUACAGUGGGAAUCACAAACGUGAUGGUCCCUCACUGCUUCAAGCGUGGAACGCUUACAUCCAUAACCUUGAGGAUGUAGGUCGUGACGUUUGGAACGACAAACUUAUCAAAGCUCGUGAUAAGUUUGAAAAGCGAACACCGACAGGUGCACGCUACAAGCUGCAUCGUCUGUCUAAGGAGGGUGGGUUACCCUGCCUCCUGGGGAGACUCGUGCCCAUGUUGUGUGAACAACUCUGCACGAGCACCUAA